AUGGGAAAGGAUCUGUUUAGUAAUCUACCAGACGAAAUUCUGGGUCGCAUAGUUUCUUUUCUACCAAAUGAAUCAGCACUAGAAACCAGUCUCCUUUCUACCAGGUGGAGAGACCUUUGGAAUGAAGCUGUUGUUAGACAUGGAAGUGAAGAGGAUAUCAUAGGAGUUGUUGCAGGGUUUAUGACAAGUUUUGAGGAGCUUGAUCCAUUGAAGCAUCCCAGAAAGCUUCAGUUUCACUUUGCUCAAGACAGUGUUGUUUUGGCAACUGUUGCAAAUAACAGUAAGCUUAUGCUGGAUUUCUCCCCUUGGAAGGAAGAGCUUCAAAGGGGGUAUGAGUUGUUGUUCAAGCCAUGUAAGCAACACAUGGCCACCUACCAACCUUUUCCUUCCACUUUCUCAGUCAAAACCCUCUACUUGAAAUCAGUGAGUUGUUUCACCAGUGAGGUAGCUUCUUCCAUUGUUUCAAAUUUGGAGCACCUUGAGAACUUGGUGCUCGUUGACUGCAAAGGGUUGGAAUCUUUGAGUGUUGAAUCCACAUCAGAGCUUCACAAGUUAACCAUCUUGGAUUGCUUAAAGUUGAAGUCUCUCCAUCUUAAAACUUCUAAACUCAAGUCUUUUCGGUACCGUGGACCUCUUCCUUUUAUUAGGCCAGAAUAUCAUUUCAACCUUAGUGAUGCCACGCUUGAUUUCAGACUAGGACUCAGCUGCAGUGGUUUGAAGACCAAGGAUUUUGAUGCAACCCUAUUAACUAUAAAGAACUCUGAAGUUCUUACUCUGUGUAAAUGGACUUUUGAGGUACUAAUAUGGCCAUCGAUUUCUCCUCUAUCUGGGAGCUUCAAAUUCUAUAAAUUAAGAGAAUUAUGGUGGAUUGACAACUACAACAAGAAUGAAUUCAACAUACAAGCCUUAUUCUCCUUCUUGAAACUAUGUCCUUCCUUGGAGCAACUUUUUGUGACCAUUGACCCUGAAAGUUAUUCAGCUGAAGGGUCAAAUUCAUGCUUAAUGAAAGAGACUAAAUGCACUGAACUGGAACAUCUAAAACUGAUAAAGUUUAUGGGGUUUCCUUCUCAAAAAGAUGAAAUCUCAUUGGCUAAAUGUUUAACUCAUCUGAUCAAGGGAAGCCCUCCAAAGAUAAAGACUUCGGAUGGGAAUUUCUUGGAGUGA